AUGUCGCCCACACAGACAGCUGCCCUGCCUCUAGACGGGAAAUUUGGUAUCGUCACCGGUGGAGCUCAAGGAAUCGGUGAGGCCAUAGCGCGCAACCUCGCUGCGAAGGGUUGUUCCCUGCUCAUCCCCUAUGAAUCUGAACCUUCACGGGAAAAGACGGAGAGACUGUGCAACUAUCUCUCAAAAGAGCACUCGAUUCGUUGUGUGAACGUCGAAGCAGAUCUCCUGAAGACAGAAGAUGCAGUGGAAAAGAUUGUAGCGGCAGCCAAACGGAACUUUACCAGACCGGAUGGGAAGUUCCAAAUUGAUAUCUUGAUAAAUAAUGCUGGAGUAUCCAAAGAUCGAUUUCUAAAUGACCCUGCAAAAGGUCCCAUGGAUCGCGACUACUUCAACUGGCACUAUGUGAUCAAUGUGCUAGCCCCUCUACUCCUGACACAAGCAUGCGCGCCAUACUUGCCCACGGACAAGUCAGGUCGCGUCGUCAGUACAUCCAGCGUCUCCUCGACCAUUGGAUUCAAGGGCCAAGCCGUCUACGGCGGUACGAAGGCAGCAGUGGAGGCGAUGACGCGAACAUGGGCGCGGGAACUGGCAGACCGAGCCACUGUUAAUGCUAUCAAUCCAGGUCCCGUCUGCAGUGAUAUGUAUUUCCAGGUGGGAGACGAGUUCUUCAAGCAAAUGCAGGGAUGGCAGGAUCAUACGCCUCUUUCCCGGGUGGUAGACUACGAGAAGGAACUGGCAGGUCUAACGGAGGAACAAGCCAAGAUGGUCAAGGAGAAGAUGGGCGGAUGCAGACCGGGUUUCCCCAGUGAGGUUGCUGGGAUCGUGGGAAUGCUUUGUACACCCGAUGCGGCCUGGUGUACUGGCAGUGUGGUGUGUGCGAACGGCGGAAUGAGGAUGAGUUUUUGA